CUUCUUCUUCUUCUUGAAGAAUCCAAGAAAGCAAGCUUUUGAAGAAUGGUGAUCCCAACCCUGGAAGGCUGCAAGAAGAGGAAGCGGAGGCCCAAAGUGUACGACUUCCAUUCAUUCGGCGAACCCGGUAGCCCGAUUGAAGCAUUGGGUCCAUUCCGCGACAACAUUCGUCUCUUACUUCAACAAUGCGCAGAGCUUGAGAGUUACAGUCUUCAUGGCCGCAUGCCCAUCUGGUCCACUCUUCUUGUUCACGACCACCGCAGCGGCCUUGUUCUUCCUCUCUACACCAUUGAAGAGAACGUUGCCCAUUCUGACAACCCUUUCUGCCAUUACUGCCGUUGCACUGGUUGGAGUAACCAUUUUGUAUCGAAGAGAAACUACCACAUGAUAAUCCCAAUGGAUGACGACUGGAAUAAGCCUUUGGAUGAUGGUGUCUUUGAUACUACAACCCAUCUCUUACAUGGGUUGAUUCACUGUAAUGGGUUUGCUCAUUUGCUCUGCAUCAAUGGACUUGAAGGUGGUUCUAAGCAUCUUUGUGGCAGAGAGCUCAUGGAUCUAUGGGACCGGAUCUGCAGUAAUCUUCGAACUAGGAAAAUCACAGUUGAAGAUGUCUCAAAGAAGCGGUCCAUGGAACUUCGCCUGCUCCAUGGAGUUGCUUAUGGGCAUCCAUGGUUUGGUAGAUGGGGUUACAAAUUUUGCCAUGGAAGCUUUGGGGUCAAAGAGCACAUGUAUGGAAGAGCACUUGAGACUCUCAGCUCACUAGAACUUAAAAAGAUAAUCCAAGAUUUUAGGGACAUGGACCAGUAUGAAGAGCUGAAGAAAAUUGUUCGUUACUACGGAUAUCUGAGUGAGACACAGUUGAUUACUAUCAAGGAUCUUCUCAGGUUUAUGCUUACUAUCAGGGCUUGCUUUCCAGCACAUAGAAACUCCCUACUUCCUAGCGAAAAACCUGCAGAUGUGGUGGAGAAUGCAAAACCUGUAACCAGAGAAUCUCUCAAGAUCAAGCCUCCGAUAAAGGAAAAGUCUACAAAUUGUAGGAAGUUUGCCGCUGUUGUUUCUCACAUGGAUAGCAGAUGGCCUGCCAGAAGGCUAGAGUCUGCAGCAGAUGUCGUUGUGAAUGCAUUGAUAGAAAAGAAAGAGAAGGAUUCUAAAAAUGGUGGGAUGGCCCGGCAGGAUGUGCGAGAUGCGGCUAGGUUACAUAUUGGAGAUACAGGUUUAUUGGAUUACGUGCUGAAAUCACUGAACAAUGUGGUUGUUGGGAAUCACAUUGUGUGCCGUUCAAUGAAUCCAACAACUCAUAUUUUGGAAUAUACGGUUCAUGAUCUUGAUGAUGGGGAGAAAGUGUCUGAACCUGAAAAAGAGAUCGUUUUUUCCCUACCCCCUCUACCAGCAGCUAUUGUUCCUCGAAUUGAUGUGUACAGUGAUGUUCUAUAUCUGUAUGAGCAUGUACUGCUGGGGUAUCCAGAAUCUGAAUUGGUAGAGUUGGCUACGCGAGCAGUAUUGGACACUAAACACUUUGUUAAGGAAUGUUCAUUUAAAGAUGAUAAAGAGAAUUUACUGACACUGUUUUGCCAAAUCUUGCCAACUUUGACUGAUAAGGAAAUGGAACAGAGGGAGUUGCCUCCAGGUGAGAUAGUGACAGUGCCGCUGAAUGCAACUGUUGGGGAGCUAAAGCAUGAAGCUGAAAGUGCACUGAGGGAUACAUACUGUAUCACAGAACGGUUUGUAGUGAGGGAAAUCAAAGGCCUGGAGGAAUCAGAUGAUAUGGAUGUACUUUCUGGAGCAGUUCAAUCAGGAACAGAGGUUGGAGUGAGAGGGAGUGGGAUCAAUUUAGACACACCUUUGAGGUACCAAGGGGGAUCUGACACUUGGACAGUGAGAUGUGAAUGUGGGGCUACUGAUGAUGAUGGUGAAAGGAUGGUGGCCUGUGAUAUAUGUGAAGUGUGGCAGCAUACACGCUGUUGUGGAAUGGAGGAUGCCAAUGAAGUCCCACGUUUGUUCAUUUGCUCAACAUGUUAUGUUACACUUGUUCCCCCUAAAACUGAACCUGCACCUGGAUUUGACUGCUCCACUGCUUUUCUGGAAUGGAGACACUAAGAAUGGAACAGGGUUUAGGUUCUAAUAUACCCGUUGGAAUUCUGCUGCAGACUUUUGCACACCGACUGAGAUAUUUGUGCUGGUAACAAUGACUGUUGCACUGUAUAUGCAUAGAUGAUACAUUUUGUGUCUUCAAUAGUGUAGAUAAGUGAAUGUCAUGCUGAAUAGCUCAUUCUU